AUGGCAGCAAAACUUACUUUAACUUUGGUGGUAGUAGUUCUAAUGGCAGUGGUUGCUUCUUCGCAACGAUCUGGUCCACCUAGUGGUGGUCCACCUCUCAAUAUCCCACAAGCUGGUGGUGGACCACCUGGUGUUCAACCACCGGGUGCGCCCGCAGGUCCACGACCUGGAGGUGCCCAAUCAGGACCCCCAGGUUUGCAAAGUGGACCCGGUGGUCCCCCUGGAUCUGGUAGUCCGCAACGUGGACCCGGUGGUACCCCUGUAUCCGGUGGCCCUCUACGUGGAAUCGGUGGUUCAUCUCCACCUCCACCCAGGAAACCAAAAACUUCAACUGCAGCUCCUAAGACAACAACAACAACAACAACUGCAGCUCCUGAUACAACAACAUCAACAACAACUGCAGUUCCUGAUACAACAACAUCAACAACGACUGCCUCUCCAUAA